CGCCGGCUCUCGCCGAGCCUCUCCAGCGGGCGGGGUCUGGAUUUCCGCGGGGCGGAGCUUUCCCAGUGCUGACGUUGGCAGCCGAAGCCCGAGCAGUUCGAGGCAGCGGGCGGCACUGUCUGGUUCCUGCGUUUCCUACCUCUCGCGCUCCACGCUCCAGCCCCGGCCAGCCCAGCGGCGCGAGAGCGUCCCGGCGGCCUGUCCUCUUCCUCCCGAGCGCCCACCUCGCCGGCCGGCCGGUCGGUCGCCGUGGUCGGCGGCCCGCGCCCCUCCAGCGCUCAGCCCCCGCGCUCGCCGCGCCCAGGCCCAGCGGCGGCACCUGGCCCGGGAGCCUCCUCGCUCCGGCGGCGCGGGCACCAGGAGCGGAGCCUCCUGCGAGCGGGGAGAGGCGAGCGAGCGAGUCCGAGCGCGGCCGGACAGGUGGCAGCGCCGAGAAGAUGGUCGCCAAGCAGCGGAUCCGUACGGCCAACGAGAAGCACAGCAAGAAUAUCACCCAGCGCGGCAACGUCGCCAAGACCUCGAGAAAUGCCCCCGAAGAGAAGGCGUCGGUAGGACCCUGGUUACUGGCUCUUUUCAUUUUUGUUGUUUGUGGUUCUGCAAUUUUCCAGAUUAUUCAAAGUAUCAGGAUGGGCAUGUGAAGUGAUUGACCUUAAGAUGUUUCCAUUCUCCUGUGAAUUUUAACUUGAACUCAUUCCUGAUGUUUGAUACCCUGUUUAAAAACAAUUCAGUAAAGCAUCCUGCCUCAGAAUGACUUUCAAAUCAUCCUUAUGUGUCAUUCCAAGGUUUCUUCACAAGUCAUUCCAGAUUUUCUAGUCCAUACCACAGUGCCUUGCAAAAGCACCAUAUGAAUAAAGCAAUAAAAUUUGAUUGUUAA